CUUCAUCAUGAUUGCAUCUGUGGUUCUACUCUUGGGAGCUGUUUUGCUCCUAUCGCUCCUCUUUCAGAACCACAGGACCAAAGAUUUCCCUCCAGGCCCUCGACCCCUCCCCAUCAUUGGGAACUUGCUGCAGCUCAAUCUGGAGAACCCUAUUGCGGACCUGGAGAGGUUGGCCAAGCGCUAUGGUAACGUAUACAGCAUUUUCAUUGGUAAGCGACCAGCUGUGGUCAUCAACGGGCUGCAGGCUUUGAAAGAAGCCCUGGUCACCAAAGCGGCGGACUUCUCUGGCAGAUCACAAGACCUAAUGGUUAAUCAUGUUGUACUUGUGAAAGCUAAUGCUCAAGGAGUGAUUCUAGCAGAUUAUAACGCUGCCUGGAAAGAGCAACGUCGUUUUGGUCUGAUGACCCUGAGAAACUUUGGUCUGGGGAAGCAGACGAUGGAGCAGAACAUUCUGAGAGAGACAGAUCAUAUCACACAGCUGAUCGAGCAGAGUGUCGGUAAAAUGAUGAAUCCUCAGCAGCUGUUCCACAAUGCGGCCUCCAACAUCAUUUGCCAAGUUCUUUUUGCAAGGCACUUUGACUAUGAGGAUGAGUUCAUGAAGUUUUUUGUUGGCCUUUUUCAAGAGACCUCCAAAAUAUUCAAUGGGCGCUGGGGUAUGAUCUAUGACUCUAUUCCAAUUGUGCGCAACCUGCCACUGCCCUUCCGGAAGGCCUUUGAGUUGUUUAAGGUCGCACAUGAGAAACGUUUGGUGAUGGUGGCUGAGAACAAAAAGACCAGAAUUCCUGGUAAACCGCGGCAUUUCAUAGACUCUUACCUGGAUGAACUGGAUAAGAGAGGAGACGAUGGCUCGUCAUUUUCUGAGGACCAGCUUUGUGCAUUUAUUUUGGAUCUGCACUUUGCUGGGACAGACACGACUGCCAACACCCUGCUGACUGCCUUCCUCUACCUAAUGAAUUAUCCCAAGAUACAGGAACGCUGUCAGCAGGAAAUAGACAAUGUUCUGGAUGGGAAAAAUGAAGCCUGUUUUGAAGACAGGCAUCAGAUGCCCUAUGUGCAGGCUGUCAUCCAUGAGAUCCAGAGGGUGGCCGACACUGUUCCUCUCUCUGUUUUCCAUUGCACCAGUAAAGACACACAGCUAAUGGGAUACUCCAUACCCAAGGGAACCAUUAUCAUUCCUAACCUGUCCUCAGUGCUGAAGGAGGAGGGACAGUGGAAAUCUCCCCAUGAAUUCAACCCUGAAAACUUCCUCAAUGACCGGGGAGAGUUUGUUAAACCAGAAGCCUUCGUGCCAUUCUCUACAGGUCAUCGUAUGUGUCUCGGAGAGGUUCUGGCUCGUAUGGAGCUCUUCCUCAUUGUGGUAACGCUUCUGAGGAGGUUCAAGUUCAUCUGGCCAGAAGAUGCAGGAGAGCCAGACUACACGCCUGUUUUUGGUUCGACCCAGACCCCUAAACCCUAUUCAAUGAAGGUGCAGGUCAGAAGUCGGAGGCUAUCCUAAUACUGAUUACAUCCUACACAAUUCAACACUGGAUUGUAAAAAAAAGUGUUUUGAUUAUUGCUGCACUAAUCAAUCAAUUAAUCAUGAUGUUUAAGGGGUUUACUUGUAGUGACAAACCCUCAGGGGGAUUUUAUCAUGUCUGCAGUUCCCUUCAGCUCUACAGAGCUUUAUCGUGUCUUUCUACUUUUUUCACACCUCACACAAAACCUGUUUAAUUAAGGCUGCUUUUACACGGGAACGUUUGCGUUUAUGCACAGUAUGCGUUUUCAAAAAAGUCUUCCGUUCACAUGCAUUUGUUUCAUUUAACGUGUCUGUUCAAACGAGACCGCUGGAAACGCUGUAGUACAUA